AUAAUAAUUAUUGUUGUUAUAAAUAAAUAGUUAAUUUACAAGAUACAAAAUUUAUUUCCGUUGAAUUCCACUGAGCAAGUGUAAAAUGGCGUUGGCAUCGAUCUACCGGUUGUCAAUUGAUUCGACCUUCAGCAGUUUCAGCCAUUUGGGAGCCACCGCCCGCCGGAGUAACCCGUCUUACUUAUUCUUUGCUAGAAACUUUGCAAAACUUGCUGAAAAAAUGGGUUUACCGCGUGUUUUCUUCGACAUGGCUGUUGAUAACCAGCAAGUCGGCCGAAUUGUCAUGGAGUUGAGAAGCGAUGUCGUCCCCAAGACCGCCGAAAACUUCCGUGCUCUCUGCACAGGAGAGAAGGGAUUCGGCUACAAAGGCAGCAGCUUCCACAGAGUGAUCCCGAACUUCAUGUGCCAAGGAGGCGACUUCACAAACCACAAUGGAACCGGAGGAAAAUCAAUCUACGGCAACAAAUUCGAGGACGAGAACUUCGAUCUGAAGCACACCGAGCCCGGUGUCCUCUCCAUGGCCAACGCUGGUCCCGGAACCAACGGCAGCCAGUUCUUCGUCACCUGCGUCAAGACCAGCUGGCUUGAUGGCAAGCAUGUGGUCUUUGGUAAAGUCAUCGAAGGAAUGGACGUCGUCAAGAGGUUGGAAGCUUUGGGAUCACAGAGCGGGAAAACAUCUAAAAAAAUAACUAUCGCUGAUUGUGGACAAUUGUAGAUCUGUAAAUCGUAUGCAAUACGACGAGAUACAGUAAUGACUGCACUAUUAUGUAGACUUUGAGUACCUUUUUUUCUUAAACUUCCUGUCAUACGUAAAACUGAAAUAACAAAUACGAACAUAGCUUCCAAUUGGUUCAAGGCAACUAUAUUCGCGCCUUAUUUAAGUUAAUAAAUUAAGUAACGAGUUUAUUAUAUAUUAAAUAAAAUGCUGAUGGAGCUUCAACUCGAAGAUCUCGUCGGAAAAUAUUAAAAACAAACCACGUAAACAAUAAUCUGGCUUUCACAGUUAAUUAUGGUCUCAUUUGUGUUAGAUUCUCUGUCCACAAUGCAGUUAUACAGUUAUACUCGGUUUCCAUUUAUCUUCAAUUAAUCUAUACAUUUAAAACAACAAACAAAUCACACUAAUAAUUACUUAUCAAUUGGUACCUUUUGUGAACGGUCGGUUGAUAACCAGACGUCGCUCUUCUCUCCUAACUUUAUUAUAUUUAUACAUUUUAUUAUUGUAUUUAUCUAUUAUCAGUACGCAUUUAUUAUUCUUCCUUUGUACUCUUGCAUAAUCAGUUACUAAAAACAAUAAACAAUUCAAUUAAAAAUAAUAAUAAUCAUUGUUAUUAUUAUUAAUUAUGUAUUAUAAAAGUGUUAAAUCAUUCCGUUUUAUUGAUCGAAGAGUGUACUUUCAAUCGACGUCCUAUUUCUACUUAAUAAAAAUUGUUUUCAGUAAAAUAAA